AUGAGGAGAUUGUAUACCGCCCGUCCCUGGCGAGCGAGUCUCCUCUGCCAAUGCCGACGCGUCUCCUAUUCAGCGACAUCGUCUCCACCGCUCAUCCAAAUCACAAACGCGACAUUCUACCGCGAUUAUCCCACCGAAGAGCUUCCACAGAAAGAUAAUCUCCCAAUAUUCCCAAAUCUCUCAUUCGCGCUUCCCUCUACGGCCCCUUCGUCCAAGGAACUUCAGCACUGGGCCAUCAUCGGCUCGUCGGGCAAGGCUAAGUUCCUCAAUGUCCUUAAUGGACAAUACAUAUGCAUACCACCCACUGCAAGGUCGUAUCCCUACUUAGCUACAGAUGAGAUCGAGCGAAAAGACCAUCGUCUCAGAUUUCCUGGGUUCGCGAUUAAGUAUGUCGGGUUUAACGCUGACGCAAGCCGGAGCGGUUCUGCUGGAGCUGUACGGGGAGCGUAUCUGAGUGCAAGGUAUGAAAGUCGAAGGGAGGAGACCGAUUUCACCGUCUUGCAGUAUCUGAAGGGCCAGACGGAGCUGAAUCCGCUGGAUGAAGGGAGUAAUGUGAACCAAGCUGUGUUGGGCCGGGUGAUUCACGAUUUGAAACUGGACGCGUUACUCGACAUGCCUGUGGCGAAUCUAAGUAAUGGCCAGACGAGACGGGCGAGAAUUGCAAAAGCUCUACUAGAUGGGCCGGAGGUCUUACUGCUAGAUGAGCCGUUCAUGGGAUUGGAUCCGCCUACGGUGCAGGGGCUCUCGCCAUUGUUGCACAACUUGGCGGUAAAGAGUGCACCGCGGCUUAUCAUGACUCUGAGACCCCAAGACCCGGUGCCUGAAUGGAUCAGUCAUUUGGUUGUUCUGGGCGAUGGCAACACGGUAGCUCUCCAGGGUGAAAGAUCGGAGGUUUUGCGAAACUUAGACAUAUGGAAGGCUGUCUCUAUCAGAAGAACCAUCUACACACCUGAAUCCUUAGAAGGUCAGCUAGCUGGAGGUGGAAAGCUAACGCUGUCGCCGCGGAGUCCGGCGGAGGAUGCUUUUUAUAGAUCUCUCUCUACUAAGGAGCAGGAUAUAUAUAACCGGGCGGAGAAGCUCCGUACAGAUGGCCUCUUCGAGACGAAUGCCGGCAUCCUCAAUGACUUUGGAUUGAUUCGGAGGGAGGCAGCAGAAUCGGGAGCGACAAAGAAAUUAUCAUCUUACGGUGAACCUAUCAUUGAGAUGGACGGCGUUAAAGUGAGCUACGGCGAUAAAGUGGUGCUCGGUGACUGGAAUCAAAUCGUCGACGGUCAACUAAAGCCCGGAUUACAUUGGAAAGUUCACCGCGGCCAGAGAUGGGGCGUUUUUGGGCUCAAUGGCUCCGGGAAGACUACACUGAUUUCAUUAAUCACAUCGGACCAUCCCCAAACAUACGCCCUGCCCAUCAAACUCUUUGGUCGGUCGAGAUUGCCCGAACCAGGAAAGCCGGGAAUUUCGAUUUUUGAUCUGCAGAAGAGGAUCGGACAUUCAUCUCCAGAAAUACACGGUUUCUUCCCGCGUACCUUGUCGGUCCGCGCCGUGAUUGAAAGUGCGUGGGCGGAGACGUUUCUUGCAAAGCCCAAGCUGGAUCAUCAGCGACGGCAAGAUGUUGAUUCUGCGCUCAGGUUCUUCGAGGCGGAAUUGAAUCCAAGCUUUGUCCCCUGGUCAGAGCGAUCGCGCUCUCCUGAAAAGAUUAAUACAAACUGGUCAACAUCGGUCCUAUUCACUCAUCUCACUGUGGCGCAGCAGCGUUUGCUCCUCUUCCUUCGCGCUGUGGUCCACAAGCCAGAUCUGAUCAUUCUGGAUGAACCGUUUGCCGGCAUGUCGCCCUCUCUGAGAGACAAGUGCUUGCAUUUUCUUGAGGUUGGGGAGAGAACCACAGCUAGCAUUGGAUCGAGAAAAGUGAGUGGUCGCGAUUUAUGGCACUUACCUCCUGAUGACCCUGCAUUUGGGAUAAGGCACACGGGGUUGAGUGAGAAACAGAGCCUGAUCGUUAUUAGCCAUGUGAAGGAAGAGGUGCCUGACGUUGUUUCGCACUGGAUGGCUUUACCUGGAGCAUCACAGAGAGUAGAGGGUGGCGAGUUGAAGCUGAGAGUAGGUAAUAUUGGAGAGGGUCAGAGAGUUGCAUCAAAAGAGAUCUGGGAAAGAAUUUGGAACAUGGCAUGA